AUGGACACCGCGCACACCUACGGCACCCGUGGCAAGCUCAACUUCGGCAUGGGCUCGAACGACAGCAGCAAGAAAGAGAGCAGGAAGUCACCUCCCCCGCCGUCCAAGGGAUCGAAGAAGACUCGGAUGGGCAAGCGCGCGCGCUGCACUGACCAAGGCACUGCUGCUCCAGCCGCCGCCGCCGCCGCCACGACUUCGACCGGCGGAACCGCACUCCCUGCCGCUCCUACCCAAGCUGUGAAUCCAGCUGCGCAGCCUACCACGGAAGCGAUCACGCCAGUCGAUCGUAGAGCUGGUGGUCUUCAGUACGCGCCAGCCGACACCAGCAACCAGGCGUUGAUGAGUCUUCCAAUACGCGACAGUGGCUCCCUUCAAGGACGUGCUACUCAAGUGCCAGUCAAGGUGCAAGGCACUGGGGAGGAAGACUCUUCGGAGCAGGAGUCUGAGGAGGAUGAUGUGGAGCAGGAGGAGCAGGACGAUUCGGAGUGA